AUGGCCGAAGAAGAUCCUAUUACUAUCGAUCAAGUGGAAGCAAUUGCUAGAAGCAAACUUCCAGGAAAUGUUUAUAACUAUUACUCCUGCGGGGCAGAUGACCAGACCGCGGUAGAAAGAAAUCGAACUGACUUUGAUCGACUAUUUGUUCUCCCUCGUGUCCUUCGUGAUGUCGCCGAAGUGGAUACAUCGGCGGAAUUGCUCGGCCACACAUACCCUCUUCCCAUUGGAAUCGCUCCCAGUGCAAUGCAAAGAUUGGCCGGAGGCGAAGGAGAGAUGGACGUAGCCCGUGCAGCUGCCGCUAUGGGCUUGAGCCUGACUUUAUCCUCAAACUCCACCACAUCUUUGGAAGACGUGAUGUCCAUCAAUCGCGAUAUGGGAUCCACAACACCAUUCUGGUUUCAGCUGUAUUUAGCAACUAAGCUCGAUCUCAGUAUCCCUCUUAUCAAAAGAGCAGAAGCUGCGGGGUACGAAGCGCUCGUUCUCACGGUUGACACGCCGAUUCUUGGUAAUCGAAUCAAUGAGCGACAGAUUCCACUUGUUCUUCCAAAAGGUCUCCAGCUGGCCAAUAUAGGAAAUUAUUAUGGACAAAAGACAGGCAAACCAACCUCCAAUCGCACCUUAAUGGAUGCACGUUCGGCAAAGCAUGCACGUGAGAUCCGACUGGCGAUUGGAAAUGGGGCAAAUAGCGCUUCUCUCACGUGGAAGGAGACUAUCAACUUUUUAAGGGAGAAUUCCAGGAUGAAGAUCAUUUUAAAGGGAGUCAUGGCGCCGGAGGAUGCCGAGCUUGCUAUCGAGCAUGGGGUUGAUGCCAUUGUUGUUUCUAAUCAUGGCGGUCGCCAAUUAGACUGUGUUCCAUCAACUAUUCAAGCAUUGCCGGAAAUUGUUGCAUCUGUGAGAGGACGAAUUCCCAUCAUUCUGGACGGAGGAAUACGCCAUGGAAGCGACGUUUUCAAAGCGCUAGCACUUGGUGCUGAUUUUGUUUUAGUCGGCCGACCGGCAUUGUGGGGACUCGCAUAUGAUGGUCGCAAUGGUGUCGAAACAGUGAUGAACAUAUUAGAGCGAGAGCUUUCUCGUACUAUGGCCUUGUCUGGAACUGUGAAUGUGAAGGAUGCUCGCCAGGCGUUGAUAAGACGCUCUGUAGAAGGUCGGCUAAGCAAGAUUUAG